CUCCGGUGGCUACGUGCUUCCUUUGUCAAUGAGGCGCCGCUCUGAGCUGCAGUAACCCUCGGCCCGCGAGCUGGAGCCGGAGCUGGAAUCCGAGCCCGAACGAGCAGAGCGGGGCGGAGAGGCAGCAGCCGGCGGCGGGAGGGAGGGUUACGCGCCAUCCGUCUGCAGGAGCGGGCCUGGGAGAGGGCCCGGGCGGGUCUGUCUCACCCUCGCCGCCCGGGCGCGCGGGCGCGCGGCGACAGGCACCGUGGGAACCCCGGCCCGCUCCCGCCGCGGCUCCACGCGGCCCCGGCCCCUGCGCGGGUGACGCCGCGGCUCCCCGGAGCCCGCCCGGGCGCGGCAGCACGAGCCAGCAGGUCGCGCCGCCCGGCGACCCGCCCUCCGGCGCCCGGGCCCCGGCCGGAGAUGCCCGGUGAGGACCGGGGCGCCGAAAGCUGGGCUCCCCGGCACGGUGUGGAGCGAGGCAGCGGCCUGGAUGAGUGAAGCGUCCCCAUGGCUCCGCAGCAGGCGAAGCCCCAGGGCCCGAGGGCAGCUGGGCCGGCGGCGCGGGGGCGCAGGGGUCGGCCUGGGGCGCGCGGGCUCGGCCUGGCUGGCGUGAGGGGUCCCCGGGUCGCCGCGUCCCAGGAUGCGCCGCCGCCGCUGCUGCUGGGACUCCUGCUGCUGGCCGCCCUCCCCGAGCAUUGCCUGGCCGACCCGGGAACAGACAAUCUACAGAUCACUGUCACCCCCAUCCCAGAGUCAUUUCCUCAUGGGAAAUUGUUACCGAUUUCACCAACAUGGCCUUUCUCAGAAGUCCCGUCUUCCUCGGCAGUGGACAGAAUCAAGAAUGUGCUGGGCCCGUCCCCUGACAACACCAGCGUGCUGCAGGUCACCCGCACGCCUCCACCCCGGACCCCCCGCAGAGCUAGGGCUCACGGGGACUUCUCUUCUUCCCCUUACCAAGGAAGUGGACACAGCGCCUCCCUUGAGCCUUCCAAGGAUUCCACCGAGUCUCUGGUCCAACCAAGACCUCGAGGGGGAGGCGAAGCAGCCGCCACGCCAGCGGACUCCUCAGUGUCGUCCAAGGCAGAACCAACAGCAGCAGCAGCAGCAGCCACCUUGUUUUGGAGGAAACCAAGCCCACCGGCCGUGUCUGCAGCCCUGGUUGCUAAGGGGACCAGCGGCAGCCCUUCAGCCAUGGCCUCAGGAUUAGCCAAGAGCAGUCUGACCACUGCUCUAGCUAAAAAUGUCACAAGCAACGCAGCAUCUGGCCCAAAGGAGACACCGGGAGCAGCCCAUGCAGCCUUCUCGUUCACGCCAGCCUACAUGUCUGCAAGAACAGCACACACCAUGAGCGCUCACACAGCCAUGCAGGGGGACAUGGGCACUGCCGUUGGCCUCCAGUCCACAACACACCUCCCCAGGACACCACAAGCCAUGCACACGGGCCUCCCCAACCUCCCCCACCCAGACACUCCCAGGGCGUCCACCGCACGCCCGCUGACAGUCCCGGCGGCCUUGACAUCCGUCUCUGCAGCAGUAAGGGCGACCUGGUGGCCGCCUGUGCUGGCAGAGAACACGAAUGCUGCUCUUCCUGCCGCGCCAACUGCUGUGGCCACGACGGGCAGGAGGACAUCCAGCCUGGAGUGUCAGAUGUCCAGUAAGCUCCUGGUGAAGACGGUUCUCUUUCUGACCCAAAGGAGAGUGCAGAACAGCGAAACUUUGAAGCUCAGUGUAGCCAGAGGACUCACGCAGGCCUUGCGGAAGGCUUUCCAGCAGAGUGAUAUCUCGGCUCAUGUGGACAUUCUGGAACAUUCUCAUAACGUCACAGUUGGUUAUUAUGCUACCAAAGGGAGGCUGGUGUACUUGCCUGCCGUAGUGAUCGAAAUGCUGGGUGUUUAUGGGGUCAGCAACGUCACUGCAGAUCUGAAGCAGCACACCCCAAGCUUGCAGUCUGUGGCAGUGCUUGCCUCCCUGUGGAACCCCCAGCCCGCAGGCUACUUCCAGCUGAAGACAGUGCUGCAGUUUGUGAGCCCGUCUGACAACAUACAGUCCUGCAAGUUUGCUCAGACGAUGGAACAGAGGCUGCAGAAGGCUUUCCAGGAUGCCGAGAGGAAAGUCCUGAACACCAAGAGCAACCUGACAGUUCAGAUUGUGAGCACGUCCAACGCCUCCCAGACAGUCACGCUGAUGUACGUGGUGGGCAACCAGAGCUCCUUCCUCAACGGCACCGUGGCCAGCAGCCUCCUCCGCCAGCUCUCGGCUGAGCUGGUGGGGUUCUACCUCACUUACCCGCCGCUCACCACUGCCGAACCACUGGAAUAUCCCAACCUUGACAUAUCAGAAACAACCAGAGACUAUUGGGUAAUUACAGACCCAGCGAUGAGGCACAUGGGGACUGUCCAGUUAUUGAUUCCAGUGCUGCAGGGUGUGGACAAUUCGCUGGUGGGCCUGCACAACCAGAGCUUCGCCCGGGUCAUGGAGCAGCGCCUGGCCCAGCUCUUCAUGAUGUCCCAGCAACAAGGCCGGCGGUUUAAACGGGCCACCACCCUGGGAAGCUACACUGUGCAGAUGGUAAAGAUGCAGCGGGUGCCGGGACCCAAGGACCCAGCGGAGCUGACUUACUACACCCUGUACAAUGGGAAGCCUUUGCUGGGGACCGCAGCUGCCAAGAUCCUGAGCACCAUUGACUCCCAAAGGAUGGCCUUGACCCUGCAUCAUGUUGUCCUUCUGCAAGCUGACCCCGUGGUGAAGAAUCCGCCCAACAACCUGUGGAUCAUUGCCGCAGUGCUGGCGCCCAUCGCAGUGGUCACAGUCAUCAUCAUCAUCAUCACCGCCGUGCUCUGCCGGAAGAACAAGAACGACUUCAAGCCAGACACCGUGAUGAACCUGCCUCAGAGAGCAAAGCCUGUGCAAGGCUUUGAUUAUGCCAAGCAGCACCUGGGCCAGCAAGGGGCGGACGAGGAGGUCGUCCCUGUGACCCAGGAAACGGUGGUCCUCCCGCUGCCCGUUAGAGAUGCUCCGGCCUCUCAGGAAAGGGAUGUCGCCCAGGACGAAAGCACCAUCAAGACGGCCAAGUCCACCGAAACCAGAAAGAGCAGGUCGCCCAGUGAGAAUGGCUCUGUCAUCAGCAACGAAUCAGGGAAGCCCAGCUCGGGCAGGCGCUCGCCCCAGAAUGUAAUGGCACAGCAGAAAGUGACAAAGGAGGAGGCACGGAAGAGAAAUGUGCCAGCGAGUGAUGAAGAGGAAGGAGCAGUUCUUUUUGACAACUCUGGCAAGGCAGCUGCCGAUCCCUUUGACACGUCUUCUGGAUCUGUGCAGCUCAUCGCAAUCAAGCCCACAGCCCUCCCCGUGGCACACCCCACCUUGGACAGGAGCCAGGAGUCGGCAGUCCUCAGCGGGGAGGUGGACAAAGCCCUGAAGCAGAAGUCCGACAUUGAGCACUAUCGGAACAAGCUGCGCCUCAAGGCCAAGAGGAAGGGGUACUACGACUUCCCCGCAGUGGAGGUGAACAAGGCUCAGACGGAAAGAAAAAAGAUGUACGAGAAAGCCCCAAAGGAAAUCGAGCAUGUUUUGGAUCCCGACCCAGAACUGUGUGCCCCAUUCGCUGAGUCUAAAAACAGGCAACAGAUGAAGAACUCUGUCUACCGAAGCCGGCAGUCUCUGAAUAGCCCGAGUCCGGGGGAAACCGAGAUGGACCUUCUGGUGACUCGGGAGCGACCGCGGCGUGGGAUCCGGAACAGCGGAUACGACACCGAGCCUGAAAUCAUAGAGGAAACCAACAUUGACAGAGUUAACGAGCCCCGGGGCUACGCCAGGUCGAGGCCGGUGAAAGGCCACUCGGAGACCUCCACGCUGAGCUCCCAGCCCUCCAUCGACGAGGUCAGGCAGCAGAUGCACAUGCUGCUGGAGGAGGCCUUCAGCCUGGCGUCCGCGGGCCACGCGGGCCAGAGCCGGCACCAGGAGGCCUAUGGCUCAGUGCAGCACCUGCCCUACUCGGAGGUGGUAACCAGCGCUCCGGGGACCAUGACGCGGCCCAGGGCUGGGGUGCAGUGGGUGCCGACCUAUCGCCCGGAGAUGUACCAGUACAGUCUGCCCCGGCCGGCCUACAGGUUUUCCCAGCUUCCUGAAAUGGUCAUGGGCUCUCCCCCUCCGCCUGUACCCCCCCGGACUGGCCCUGUGGCCGUCGCUUCUCUCAGGCGGUCCACCUCGGACGUGGGCAGCAAGACCAGGACGGCCGAGGCCGCGGGGCCCGAGCCCGCCCCGCUGCACGACAGUGCCGCCUUCGCGCACGUGUCCCGAGGCCCCGUGUCCGUGGCGCAGCUGGACCAGUCGGCGUUAAAUUACUCAGGUAAUACGGUGCCAGCUGUGUUCGCCAUCCCAGCUGCCAACAGACCCGGCUUCACGGGCUACUUCAUCCCGACGCCUCCCUCGUCCUACAGGAACCAGGCCUGGAUGUCCUAUGCAGGGGAGAGUGAGCUCCCGAGCCAGUGGGCCGAUUCGGUCCCCCUCCCAGGGUACAUCGAGGCCUACCCCCGGUCACGGUAUCAGCAGAACUCACCGUCCAGGCUCCCCCGCCAGUACAGCCAGCCGGCCAGCCUGCACCCCAGCUUGGAGCAGGCCCCAGUGCCCUCGGCGGCGGCCUCGCAGCAGAGCCUGGCAGAGAAUGACCCGUCCGACGCACCGCUCACCAACAUCUCCACGGCAGCCCUCGUGAAGGCCAUCCGGGAAGAGGUGGCAAAGCUGGCCAAGAAACAGACGGACAUGUUUGAGUUCCAGGUCUGAUGCUUUGCCCAAGGGGCUUCCACUGAGGAAGCCGUCUGCGGUUCUCAAGCCUAAGGUGUUGGGACUUGAGACACAGACGAUGUGUGAGUCUUUCUCACCCUCAGUUUCUCAAAAGGUGAACAGUAGGGCUUCUGGGAAACAGGACACUCUUGAACGACCUGCUUCUCGGCUUAUUCAGCUGAUUGUAGGUCAAGAAGUACCUGCCUGGGAACAUAUGUUUGAUAUUCUGUUGUGUUAAAUGUUUGAACUGUGGGCGUUUUUCUCUGUGGAGCCUUAGUCACGAGAGACUGGCAAAUCUGCAGAUUCCUGUCCAAUGCCACAUUUUCAUAAAUCACCAGAAGGGGGAGGACAGAGCUCUGACUUUGUUGACCUCUGCAUGUUAACUGUUUCUGUGUCAAAGGCAGUGCAGGCGGGCGAUGCAGCCCCAGACUGGACUCUCUCUCCUUCAGCUCUGACCACAAUCGUUAAAAUCACCUCUGGUCUGUAAGGGAGGCACUGACUCCAGCCAAGAAACUUGAGUCCUUUUCUUUUAAAGGUUCAUAUUCAAAGUCAGACGAAUGAAUUGGAUGAAAAUCAGCACUGUCAGUGCCUGCACUUAUAAACAAUCCUGACUCUUUUUUCCCUCAUUAAUUAAACAAAGGCCCAGAAAGAGAGAAGAUGAGAAGGAAUGGUGGACUCGUGUUGAUAGGUUUUGGAAAGCUGUUGUUAUUUUGGACAUAGAGUACCCUCCAUCCAGCUGAAAGAGAAUCGGUGCUCAGUGCUUUUAGGAUCCUCCAAAAGACAAACAGGUAUUUUAGGAUCCUCCAAAAGACAAACAGGUAUUUCCUUUGCCCUGCAAUGAGGGUGGCCUGAGAACGAAGCUUCUGUCUUUAGGGGAUAAUAGAUACAUAGACUUUUAAAGAAAAUCUCUGUCUCUUCAACAAUGAUGUUCAGCUUGUGCUGCCAAGUGAUACAGAAGGAAAUAGUAAUUGAUGCCUGUUGCAAGCAGGCAUGGUGGAGCCUACAGUCUCCCCAGGCUGCAGCCUCUGUUUCUAGAAGCUUCUGAAUGUAGAAAAUCUGUUGAUUUGUUUAAAUGUAAAUAACAUUUUAAAAUGUGUGUGGAGUUAGCCAGUUCCCCCACCCCGCCUCUGGCACCCGUAGUUACUGGAUGCAGAGGACGUUUGCUGAAAUGACAGGGCUGCUGACCUUGUGACUGUAAUGUUGCAGAUCACCCUCCUGGGCGUGGUGGGCAUGACGAGUGGGCCUUCUGAGCUCUGGGUGGACGCGGCCUCCCAGCCCUGAGGCACCAGCCGCUAACUGUCAAUGCAAAAGCAAAACAGCUACUGACUUCCCGUAGCCCUGGGGAGGGGACACUGGUUCCUCACCAGCUUUGGGAGCCGUGUACAAUGUCGGGGCUUACGUGGUGUCUAUUGGAGAGCAAGGUCCUGUGCUGCCUUCACCCGUGAUCCCUCUGGCUUCAGCUGUAUCCAUACCCUCUGAGCCCACCUUUCCAUUCUCCUCAUGAGUUUCUUUGGUCUUUACUGAGAGAAGGUGGGAAUUUAAAAACUGAGAGAAGAGUAGGAGUGGAACUGAUUAGAAUGGGAGAUUCAAACUAUCAAAGCACAGACUUUUCAAAGAAGCUGUUUUUAUUUCCCACUGGCAAGUUGCCCUUUCUGGAAUGUUCCGGAGAUGAUGUGUCAUGGAAUCCCGAAACUAGUCUCUUGUUUGGAUGAUAUUGGUAGUGUCCUUUUGGUAUGCUGGUUGAUCUUGCAUAGUGUUAGUUUUUUGUUACCUAAAAAAUAUCAGCUAUAAAUAAAAUGUAUUUUUGUAAUUUCCAUGUGUAUAUAUGGUAUAUUUCUACCAAUGGCCAGUUGUUAUAGUCCAAAACCUAAAUCAGCUUGCAAAACACUGUGGACAGUGCAAGAUUUUAUUGACAGAUUAACACAAUGCCUAAGUCUAUCCAAAUAGGUAUUCAAUGCACUUGAAUGAACAAAGAGCCAAAGAAACUCAGCCUUUCCAUGCAAAUGAGUCUGAUAAAGUCAGCUACAUUGUCUCACCUUAUCAAUAAUAUUAAUCUUCAUCAGUGCAAUGAUAUCAACCCAGUACUUUGUCUACUUGGUAAAUGCCUGGAAAUACUUUAUGUGAAAAUGAAGUUUCAAGACCUUAGUGUAAUUAAAAUGUAUGCACAUGCUUCAAAGACAAUGUCUGAGCGUGGAUCUUCCAGUGACUUACAGAGAGUGAGCUACAGUAGGCAGUGGUAUGGCUCAGCUUGCUAAGAGGAUGGAGAAACAAAUCAGAUCCUCCCUUAAACUAGACACCACAGGUUUAAGAAUAGUAUCUGAGAGGAGAACCUGAAGCUGAAAAGAAAUCAAUCUGUUUAUGUUUUCCCACCAAUGGGGAGAUAGCUGCCAUUGUUUCAUUUUUCUGUGAAUAAGACAUGGUCCCUUCUUUGAAGAGUCUCCUGACCUCAUGGAGGUGUCAGAUACCUGGACAGCUGGCUCUGAGAAAAGGCAGAUGGUCCAAAGUGCCUCAUGGAAGUGAAAAUAGAGUUUCAUGAGAUCCCAGAGGUUCUGUGUUCCUCACGACCCUCCAGAUAGCUGAAGAAGCCACAAAGGACCUUGGAGACCUCGGAGAAGGGAGCAAGAGUCCAGAGAAGUGGAGUGACUUGCCCGAGGACGCCAGCCCAAGCCUGCUGAUUCAUGAUCCAACUUGCUUUCCAUGUCACCAUGCUGCCUGCACGCUUGUCUGUGACACAUUUCUUGAACUGUGCUAGGAAGUUUAAAAAGUAGACAAAGGUCAUAUGAGGGGUUCCCUACGUUCCUGUGAAGAAAAAAGGUGAUUAAAUAUGUAAAGAACUUCAGACAAAGUGUAUAGAGGACAAUGCAUUUGUGGCAUAAUAAACAUUUUUCAGAACUAGUUUUGAUGUGAGUUUUCUGCAUUCGUGAAAAGAAAUGCAUUUUGGCCUUUUCUGGAGAGUGCCAUCAAGGAAAUGGUGUUCUCAACUGCUGUUCAAGACUGUAGAGGUGUAUUCCUCUCUCAGUGCUAUGGACCCAGGCAGGGAGGGAGGCCAUGACAGCUUGUCAUUGUGAGGUAGCAGAUUCUUGCUCCCUGCGUUGGGGAGGGGUGGCAAUCUGGUGAUGCAGGAAUGUAGUCUGAGAUGCCGGUUGUUACCUCUGGAGCAGGAGGUCGCCUCUUUCAGGGUGUGCUAUGGACUGAAUAUUUGUGACACCUCCAACUAAUAUGUUGAAAUCCUAACCCCCAAGGUGAUGAGAUUAGGAGGUGCCUGGGUCAUGAGCAGAGCCAUUGUGGAUGGGGUUAGUGCCUUUAUAAAAGGGACCCCAGAGAGCUCUCUUGCCCUCUCUUCUGCCAUGUGAGGAUAAAAGAAUAAGUCAGCAGUCUGUAACAAGAAGAGGGCUCUCACCAGAACCCAACUGCACUGGCAGCCUGAUCUCAGACUUCCAGUCUCCUGAACUGUGAGAAAUAAAUUUCUGUUGUUUAUAAGCCACCUGGUCUAUGGUUCUUUGUUAUGGCGGCCUGAGCUGACUAAGACAGGCUGGAUUAUGUAAGAAUCAAUUCUGGGGUCCAGGGAGAAGUUAUAUUGUGCAUUUGUUAAUUUAAGAAUUCAGCAGAAGGGCAUGUACUUUCUGAGCAAUUUUGAUGGAAGAAUGGAUAGGAAAUUGUUGGAUUUGUGAUUAAAAAAAAAAAACCUUCUGUGAGAAAGUUACAGGUGAAGGAGGAGAGGAAUUUACUUACCUAACAGAAAUGCUUCUCUAACAGGCAGAAAUUAGAGAAAUGGAUUAAAAGAUUCAAAUAUUGAUUAGAGAUAAAUAAGCUUCUUUUUUCUACAUAACACACAGGCACUCAAAGUCUAAUAAAUAAAAUAACAGAUACUAUUUUAAAAGUUCGAGAACAGAAUUUAAACUUAAUCCAUUCCUUCUACCACACACCAGAAAGUAGUUCGGACUUUUCUACAAAAGACAGCCAAACACUCUUAGGGAAGGAUAGUAAUUUAGCUUGGAGCAGUGACUGACUCAGGUCCAAGUGUUAGACAUUAAAUCCUGCCAUUUAUCCACCCUUGAAGGUGAUCUAGUCAAGGAACUUUGCAAGGACUAGAAACCAUUUCCACUUGCUCGGGUGCAGGGCUUGACGGAGAGGACACAGGCUGUUUCAUAGAAACAGAACACAGCUCCCGUGUGCACUCACACGCUCUCCCUCCACACGAGCUUCCAUCUCUGUUUCUGUCUGCAGUUCUGCUCAGUUCUCUGCUCCCCUCGGCCUACCAGCUGUCUCUGUUUUCUCAUUAGCAUGUGUGUAGCUGAAAAUCCACCCCAGGACCCACUCCAAGCAAGCUUUCCUUUCCG